UAAAGCAGGAGUAACUCAGGAGUAAAGCAUCAGACUGGAGGAGUUCGGGAUGUUCGCGGCUCUGUGCGCGCUCCUGGUCCUGCGUGCGCCCGUCGCCGCGGAUGUGCACGCGCUGAACUGCAGUCAGGUGAAGGGCGCGUUCACGGCUCUGGGUUUGAGUCCUGACAUCAGUUUUCCUGCCGAGGAAACAUCAGGAGCUGAUCUGCAGGUUUGCGCUGCUCAGAGAUCCUGCUGUAACUCAGAGAUGGAGCAGAUCUUCAGAAACAGAAGCUCUCGGGACUUCGAGAAGCUGAUGGACGACACCAGCGAGGAGAUGAGGAACACCUUCAUGAGCGCACAUCAGAGACUCGAUGAUUUCUUCCUGGAGCUGCUGGAGAGCACGGAGCGCUCCCUGAACGAGAUGUUCCUGCGCACCUACGGGAAGCCGUACCUGCAGAACGCCGAGGUGUUCCAGAACCUGUUCUCGGAGCUGAGGAGAUAUUACACCGGUGGAGGAGUGCAUCUGGAGGAGAUGCUGAGCGAGUUCUGGUCUCGUCUGCUGGAGCGCAUGUUUGCGCUGCUCAACUCCCAGUAUCUCCUCACUGAAGACUAUCUGGAGUGUGUCGGGAAGCUCACGGAGAAGCUCAAGCCCUUCGGAGACGUUCCCACGAAGAUGAAGACUCAGGUGACGCGAGCGUUCGUCUCAGCGCGGGCUUUCGUCCAGGGCCUCGCAGUCGGGCGGGAUGUGGCCAACAGGGUGUCCGAGGUCAGCAUGAGUGCGGUGUGUGUCUCGGGCUUCACACGGAUGCUGUACUGCUCCCAGUGUUUGGCUCUGUCGACUCUGAAGCCCUGCAGCGAAUACUGUCUACGCCUGAUGAAGACCUGCCUAGCGGACCGGGCCGAGCUGGACCCCGAGUGGAGCCGCUACACCGAUGCCAUGCUCCUGGUGACGGAGCGACUCGAGGGACCGUUCAACAUCGAGUCUGUGAUGGAGCCCGUCGACGUGAAGAUCUCCGAAGCCAUCAUGAACAUGCAGGAGAACAGCAUGCAGAUCUCCUACCAGGUUUUCCAGGGAUGUGGGCAGCCGAAUCCCUCGGGAAUGAGCCGAUCCUCCCGGAGCGUCCCGAACACGUUCAUCUUCAGUCCCGACAGCCAUGAGGAUCUCACACACCUCACACACACACACUCACACACACACCCUGAGGAUCUGCCCACCGUAACCACCGGAUCCCGACUGCAACGCCUGGUGACGGACAUCAAGGAGAAGCUGAAGCGGUUCCGGAGGUUCUGGGCGUCAGUCCCCGAGUCGAUCUGUCAGGAGGAGCAUGUGGCGACGGUGGAGAACGAGAACUGCUGGAACGGCCUCGAGCAGGGCCGAUUCGACCCUGAGGUUCAGAAAGACGUAUGGGUCCUUCAGGAGAAUAACAGCACAGACUCUCCCCGACCCGACGCUGUGGUCCGACUGCAGAUCAUGGCUCUCCGGAUGAUGAGCAACAAGCUGAAGAACGCUUACCACGGCACGGACCUCCACUUCCAGGACUCCAUCUCAGAUGAAGAGAGCAGCGGCUCCGGCUCCGGCUCCGGCUCCGGCUCCGGUGUCACAGAAUCAGAAUCCUUCAGGACCGACCCGACCCACCCGACCCACCCGACCCACACUCCGGUUCAGGAGCAGGAGAACAGAGACGACACGUCUUCAGCGUCCAGCGUCCGGCUGGAGGUUCUGCUGCUGUUCUUCAGCGCGCUGGCCGUCAGAUAG